AUGAAUAAGACUUUUGCCGAAUUGGGAAUUUGUCCCGAGCUUUGCGAGGCAUGCGAAUCACUCGGUUGGAAAACUCCAACUGCAAUACAAAUUGCAACUAUACCCCCUGCGCUGGAGGGUCGUGACAUUAUCGGAUUGGCAGAAACAGGAUCUGGUAAAACCGCAGCUUUCGUAUUGCCAGUAUUGCAGUCAUUGCUAGAAACACCGAGUAGAUUAUUUUGUGUCGCACUUGCACCCACUAGGGAGUUAUGUGCUCAAAUUUCGGAACAAUUUAAAGCUUUGGGCGCAAAUAUCGCAUUAGAAGUGGCUACAAUUUUGGGAGGAUUGGAUAUGAAUUCACAGGCAAUGGCUCUAUCUAAACGUCCGCAUGUGAUUGUAGCAUCGCCUGGCCGAUUGUCUGAUCACAUCGAGAAUACCAAGGGCUUCUUCCUCAAGUCUUCCAAGUUUCUAAUACUAGAUGAGGCAGAUCGUAUACUGUCAAUGGAUUUUGAUGAUGCUCUUAAUAACAUAAUAAAAGCCAUGCCUGAAGAACGGCAAACCUUCCUCUUCUCUGCAACCAUGACUAGCAAAGUAUCAAAGUUACAAAAGGCAUCACUGAAGAAUCCCGUUAGAUACGAAAUAGGUGGGAAAUACGACACAGUAUCUGGUCUAGAACAAAAUUUUUACCUGUGCCCCUUUAAGUAUAAAUGGACUGUCAUCACUUUACUGGUGGAAAAGUUUACCAGUUGUGUCACGAUUGUUUUUUGCAAUACAUGUUCUACGGCUAGAAAACUAUCGUUUUACCUCGACAAUUUAACCCACAAAACUACGUGCUUACAUGGGAAAAUGUCACAACCACUCCGUUUAUCCGCACUCAAUAACUUCAAAGCAGGUUCGUCAAACAUACUGGUGACUACCGAAGUUGGGAGUAGGGGCUUAGAUAUACCAUCUGUAGAUCUGGUUGUUAAUUUUGACGUCCCACAAUCGGGAAAGGAUUACAUUCAUCGAGUGGGAAGGACCGCUAGGGCGGGACGUAGUGGUCAAGCAAUUACACUAGUUACGCAAUAUGAUGUCGAAGCAUUCCAAAGAGUGGAAUUUGCGUUGGGUAUCAAAUUAAAGCCAUUUGAUGAGUUUAGUGAGGCUCAAAUUAUGUCAAAACAUGAAUUGUGUUCUCAGGCCAAGAGGAAAGCCGAAUCUACCGCAGCGGAAUCACCACUUAAGCAUCGCAAAAAGUGA